GAAAGAAAUACUACAAGAAUCAGCAAAAAUGGGCUCCAGCUUCCAGGGGCUGCAUCACACGAGCCCUGGUUUUCUCAUCUGAGAAGUGGAAAUAAUAAUGAUACUGAAAUAAAGACCACUCAAGAAUAUCGAAGCUGCCAUGGUCUGGAAACUGCCGCAUCCCAGAAGCUGCUACUCCAGAAGCUGCAACUCCAGAACCCGCUCCAUGACACUACUAAGAGUCUAACUAGUAAAAUGGAUGUCCUACUCCCUGCCUCUUGGUGCCAAGAAGUUGCAGUUAUGGUGACCUCAGUUAACAAAAAAACCCAGAAAAAUUGAGCUUCUCCACUGUGCUUAUCACAGAACCAGCAGCAGAUGGCCCCGCCUCACUCACCCCCUCCCUCAACAUCUGGCAUGGCACUUCUGAUGGUGGAUUCUUCAUCGCACAAGCAGUCCUAAUUGCAAGGAUGUCUACAGGAUAUGGCUUUAAACUUUCCAGCUCCACAGAACAGGAAAGCAAGUUAGGAAGAGACUGGAAUGGAUGCUGUAUACCAAUCCUGUGACCCACCAAAGGCAUAAUGAAAUAGAUGAGUUGUUUUAAACACUGGAGAAUCCUUGAUGUCACACCAGCCCAGUUCUGAAGGGUCUGCAAGGAAUGAACAGGAAGGGAGAUGAGAGGAAGAGGUGUUUGCUUCAGAAUGUACACCGAAGAUGAGGCUAGGAAGAUAGGAGUGGUUGGCUGGGUGAAGAACACGAGCAAAGGGACCGUGACAGGCCAGGUGCAAGGCCCCGAGGAGAAAGUCAAUUCUAUGAAAUCCUGGCUGAGCAAGGUUGGAAGUCCUAGUUCUCGUAUUGACCGCACCAAUUUUUCCAAUGAAAAAAGCAUCUCUAAACUUGAAUACUCUAAUUUUAGUAUUCGAUAUUAAUAUGAGAAAUUAUACUGUAUGAUAGACAUUGUACUCUUAAGUCUAUAGACUAAAAUAAUAGCAGAGUAGGUUAAAAAACGGAACUUUCUGCUCUGAAAGCUGUAACAUUGUCACUACAAGUGUCUGAUGCUGAGAUAGUUUUACUCAGCUGUGUUUUAAACAAGCAAAAACUUAGCAUUCUAAAAUUUAAAAUGUCAUUACAAAAUAUUUAAUAUGAAUAUUUAAUUUAAACAAUAUUGUCUCAUGGAAUCUUUAAUUCUAAUGAAUAUUAUGGCAUGUAUGUUAUUUGGCUGGACAUAAUAAUAAAGUUAACCAUUUAAAAUUA